AUGCCUGUCCCGGACGAAUACCACAUCGCCGACGCAGGCAAACAGCCAACAAACGUCCUCCUACUACCGAGUUUCACUGUCAUCGAGCAUGUCACCCCACAGCUAGUCCCAGAUCUGAUUGAGAACUUCAUCAACCGAUCUCUGACAACAACGACGCCACUAGGCGCAAUCCCACCCCCACCAGAGAAACCAGCAGAGGCAAACCAAGACCCCACACAAGCACAAGACCUCCCACACCCGUCCACAACAUCCCUCAAAUCCCACCCCAGCCCGCACGCGGCAGUAAUCCUGCUCUGCUCGCAGCGGACGCGCGACGCGCGUUGUGGGCAAUCAGCGCCCCUGCUUCGACGCGAGUUCGAGCGCCACCUACGCCCGCUUGGUCUGUACCGUGACAUGGACGACCAGCGACCCGGCGGUGUGGGUAUCUACUUCAUCAGCCAUGUUGGUGGACACAAAUACUCUGCCAACGUGAUUGUAUACCGCCGCCGGGACUUCGAGUGGUAUAAGCGCGGUGUUCCUGCGGAAGGCGAGGGGCAGGUCGAGGAUGAGGGUGCUGCGCAGGGGAUCUGGUUAGCGCGUGUGCGGCCGGAGGAGUGUGAAAAUAUCAUUCGAUAUACUGUCUUGCAGGGCAAAGUGCUCAAGCCUGCGCAGCAGUUGCGGGCUGGCUUUGAUCGUGAGCGCGAGCUGACAAGUUGGUAA